AUGAGUUCUGGUUUCACUUUGAUGCUGAGCCCCAGAGUGGGUCUGGCUGAGAGGGACAGCUUGCAAACGGUUCACAAAGUGUCCCUGGUUGGUGAUUGCACAGACAGCUCCAAGCCUCUCCUGAGUUCAGCGCAAGAAAAUGGACUGAAAGGUGCCGGUUCUGAGCUGGCUAAUGUCGGGAGGUUUCUCAGCGAGGAUUUCCACUCCAUUCUGGAAGAAUCAGAUUCCCCUCCUGCCAAAAGAUCAGACACUAUGCUCGUGAAUAGCACAUACACACACUCUUCUGUCUCUAGCACCAAGCGUGAGCCAGUGCUAUUCGCCUCACAUUCCUUCCCUCCAGAGAAAGCCCCACCCUCGGCUGUCUCCUUGGACACUGCCAGUAGCCCUGGCAACGGUAGCUGUUGGAAUGUGAGGAGCGAAGUCCAGCAGGGUAGCGAGAGUGAGGCAGGUAGGAGGAGCUGGGCAGAGUUUGCUGCACCUGCAGGAGGGAGGGGCAAAGGAAGUGAGACAGGAAUAACAAAUGCAGGCUCAGGCUCGUACGCACAGCUGGCGGAGUCUGGCUCGGAGUACGACGACGACUUCUUCACUGGCAUCUUCACAGCCACCCGCGUGGAGCUGCCGGCCUCGCCGACAGACACAGACCCCGACCCAGACCUUAACAUGGAGGCCCUGGUGGACACACUCAGGAGCAUGGAGUCACCAUCCAGGAACCGAACCAUGCAGAGGGCUUCCACCCAGCCUUUCUCCUCUCUGCCCCCCAUCAGGGAGGACAUUCCCAGCCCAGUUUCAGCACCUGCCUCCAGCCCCACUGUGCCUAAGGAGACCUCGAUCAGCCUGCCACUAGACCUGGGCUUGAACUGGAGCGUCACAAAGGACAUGCGCUCCCCAUUUACCAUGAUGAAGGGGAAGCUGGACUCAGAGGGGAAAGGCCGGACGAUCAUUCUGCCUUCACGGGCCUCUGCCAUCAGCAGCAUCGUCAUGCGCAAGGGCCUGCCGGACCUCAGCGUGGAGGAGGGCGCUCACCUCAAUGGUGGAAGCUUUCUUGGAACGUCGCGCCUCGACAACAGCCUGCUCUUCUCCGGAUACCGGCCGGACCAGCCGGACGGGAUCGGCAAGGCCUCCAGCCAGCGUACCCUUUUCCGCACGGCCUCGCUGCCUGAUGUUAACCAGGACCACGAGCGCCUCAGCGGGCCUCCCAAGGGCUUGGACCUGCUCGGCUCGGGGGUGUCUCGCUACGACCGGCUGUCGUUCUUGACCUCGCCCUCCCACUCGCUCACGGGGGCAGCCGAGCAGUCCCGCAUCAGCAGGGCCCCCCUCUUCCUCCACAGCCCCACCAUGGAGGUCGCCGCCUUGACCAGUGCGCCCCUGCCCGGCCUUCCGCUCGAUGCGCCGGUAAAAUAUCCCACGCCGCCCAGCCUGCAGCGAAGCUUGAGCUCCGAGGGCACUUCCAUCAGGACGCCCGUCUGCAACGACAUCGGGAUGGACUUCGGAAAGAGCCAGGAGCCCAAGCCGGAGAGACAGUUCGUGACCAAGUACAGAGCCUUCCCUGAUGCCUACCGUACCAAAGAGAAAGAACAUGGGAAACUCAACCCUCGACCAGGAAAGAUGGUCAUCUAUGACCAGCCAGGACUGCGUGGCAAUUGGAUUGAGGUACAUUCAGAUGUGAUCGACGCCACAGGGUGGAAGCUUCCGGAGUCCAUUUCCAUUCGAGUUGUCCGAGGAGGCUGGGUGUUAUAUGAGAAGCCCGAAUUCAAAGGAAAGAAGAUUGCCUUGGACGAGGGCAACAUAGAGCUCACAAACCUAUUUGGCCCCCAGGGCAACGAUCAGUGUCCCACACAGAACGGGACGGGCGAGUUUGGAGAGGACGGCUCAGACGCCGAACCAGACCAGCCAAGGAGAUUUGCGAUUGGCUCAUUGCGCAGAGCAGUGAGGGACUACAGUGUUCCAGAGAUCUGUCUUUUCCCGGAGGAGGAUGCAGAGGGGAAGAAAGUUAUCUUCCGCGACACGACAGAUGACGCCCGAAUCUAUGGCUUCCCCAUCAAAGCCAACUCCAUCAUCAUCAACGCUGGGCUGUGGCUGGUGUUUGCCGAGCCUUUCUUCCAGGGCGUCCCACGGGUGCUGGAGGUUGGGGGCUUCCCAAAACCUAAGUCCUGGAGCGACACAGAGCCCUACGUGAGCUCACUGCACCCCCUCAAAAUAGGAGAGCCAAGAGUGGAGAAACUGAAUGAACCUAAACUUGUGAUUUACGAAAAGCCGUACUUCACUGGGAAGAGUCGUGAGAUCUACACCAGCGCCAGGGACUUCAUGACCAGAGAGAGCCAGCAGCAGACGGUUGUCAUGUACAGCGCUGGAUCCAUUAAGGUCAUCGGUGGCAUAUGGGCGGGCUACGAAAAGGAAGGUUUCCGUGGGCACCAGUACCUGCUGGAGGAAGGUGAUUACCAUGACUGGCGGGUGUGGGGGGGCUGUGACAACGAACUGCGCUCAGUCCGGGUCAUCCAAACCGAUCUGACUGAGCCCAUGCUUGUGAUGUUCGAGAUGACGAAUGAAGAGGAAGACAGAGAUGAAGAGCGCACAUUCGAGGUGACAGAGGCGGUUCCCGACGUAGAGCUGUUCGGCUUCCGGACAGUCACUCGUUCUAUCCAUGUGCUGAGUGGAGCAUGGGUGGCAUACUCUCACGUGGAUUAUUCCGGAAACCAGUACGUGCUGGAGAAAGGCUUCUACAACAACUGCAUUGACUGGGGUGCCGAAGACAAUCGCAUCUGCUCCAUACAGCCCAUCCUCAGGGCUUCAGCUGUCGGCCCUGCCGUCCACAGUGAGCUGCUACUCUAUUCUGAAACUGGCUUUCAGGGCCUGUGCCAAGUGUACAAUAAGAGCCAUGAAUCUUUCCUCAAACAACCUUCAGUCCAGUCCUGUAGGGUGAUGGGUGGAAGCUGGGUUCUAUAUGACGACACCGACUUCAUGGGAAACCAGUAUGUGCUAUCAGAAGGCCAUUAUGUUAAUUUGACUAGCAUGGGCUGUCCCAGCAGCUGUACCAUACGCUCUGUCAAAUCUGUGCCAAUGUUGUUUGCUGUUCCAUCCAUCUCUCUGUUCGGGCUGGAGUGCUUUGAGGGCAGAGAGAUCACCCUGGAUACAGAAGUGUCCAACAUAAUGGCAGAGGGAUUUAACCCACACUUCCUAUCUGUGAGGGUCAAUACUGGCUGUUGGGUGUUAUGUGAGCACACUAACUACAGAGGGCGCCAGUUCCUGCUUGAACCUAUUGAGAUCACAAACUGGCACAAAUUCAGCUCCAUCAGCUCUAUAGGCUCCAUAUACCCAAUCCGUACAACGCAAAGGCUUUUCCGGAUCCGGUACAAGGAAAGUGGCCGCUUCAUGUCAGUACAGGGGGGUGUGGAUACUCUGAAGUCAGGUCGUGUAGUGGUGUCUGAGCACGUGGAGGGCAUGAGUGACAUCUGGUUCUAUCAGGAUGGCCUCAUCAAGAACAAGUUAGCACAGAACAUGAGUCUGCAGGUGAUAGGGAAUGUGGAGUCGGGAGCAAAGGUGGUGCUGUGGUCUGAAACGCGCACACCCAUUCAGAUGUGGAGUGCCAAGCUCAGCGGUGCAAUCGCCAGCCUCACUUUCCCUGGCUUUGUGCUGGAUGUGAAGGGUGGUAACACAUAUGACAAAGAGCAUGUGAUUGUGGGUAACGAGGCUGAAGAAAAUGCCAGUGAGCUAUGGGAGUUGGAGUUCAUCUAAGCCACACCCCCUUUACCACACCCCUCUCAGAGGCCUGGCUAACUCCGCCCUUUGUUUAACCUGUUUUGUCUGUUCUGUCAGUUUAUACCCACAGGUUUCUCAGUCUGGAAAAACAGCAAGUCCCGCCCCCUCUAGCAAAUCAAUUUCAACUCAUAAAGGGCAGGGGGGUUAGUUCACGAGUUUUGUUUUACAGUGAAUUUCAUUUUUUUCUGAAAAUGGACAAGGCACCUUUUCUCUCCCCCUAUGGGGACGCUAGAGUUAAAGUUUGUUUGUUUUUUUUAUCUCCACAUAAAGAUCGUUUCAAACAGAUGUUUCAAGCUUUAAGGGUGACAUUAUACCUUGUGUAACACAGAUAGUAUAAUUUAGUACUUGACAAUGUGGAAUAUGUAAAUGAAAUUUGGAGCUAUUUCUAUUGUGAGCACAUAAUAAAGGAGAUCCUCCGGUUACAUGCAAGCUUCACAUUAGCAACAAACUUUUAUGAUGCUGAUGCUCUUAAAUAGGAAAGAGCAGUAGUCUAAGGAGACCAAGUUGGUGUUUCCACACAACCCUGUAGACGGUGCAAACACGCUGCUUGUCUGCGUCUGUGCUCUCGCUGAUCUGUUGCUAUGGUAAGCGUGGAGCUACACACACACACAAGUCUGUAUUGGCCCAGGCUUCUUCCUUUACUUUAUUUUUGGUCAGUCGUUAACAGAGCACCAUUUAUUUGAUAAAGUGCUUAACAUCUCACUGACCACUUGCUUUUCCCUUAACUUAUCUGCUCCUUUGAUUAUCGAUGUAGCUUGGUUUGGUUCUAAAUAUUUUGGAAGCGCUAACAGUCUAGCAAUGAGCCUUUAUAGCUGUGUAAAUUUGUUUACAGCCAGUGUUAAACUUAUAAACCAUUUUGUUUUGUGGGGUUUUUUGUUUGUUUGUUUUUUGAGGACUUUUUUUUGUGAAAUAUAUAUGUGGUUACCCAGGGAUCUCUACAGAAUGGUUCUAUGGGUGUACCCUCUUUGAUACAAAGCCAGCACUCUGCCAUCAUGGCAUACUUAGGUUACUCUGGUUAUAGUGUAUUUAAUAUUGACAAAGCAAAGGAAUUUUAAUACUAAACACAUCAAUGUGACCUCUUUAUAAUGGAAAAAAUGAUUUUAUAAUGGGGUGUAUAUAGGAUUUUAACUGUUUGUUUUUCAAUAUGAAUGUCUUAAUUUACCUUGGUUUUUAUUCUGGUUUUAUUCUAAUGUACUGAAGAGGUGUUUUUACCUUUUGUCAGUAAAUGCCAAAAUAUAUAUGUUAAUCUGAGUAUUAAUACUAUUAACUUUUUUUUUAAUACCAAGAAACUGUAUUGUAUA